AUGACUUUAUCAUCAUCUAUAUUGUUAAAUCAUCUUCGUGAUUUAAUGAAAUCAAAAAUUUAUUUUAAAGAUAUUAUUGAUGCUUAUAUUGUACCAACAGCAGAUCCACAUCAAAAUAAAUAUGUUGUUGAUCAUUAUAAACGAUUAAAAUUUAUUUCAAAAUUUACAGGAUCUAAUGGUACAGCUGUGAUAACAGAUAAAGAAGCUUUUCUUUUCAUUGAUAAUGAUUAUUUUCUUCAAGCUAAACAAGAAUUAGAUCAAACAUGUUGGAAAUUGUUGUGUAAUCAAAUGAACGAUAAUUGUUCAAUAAUAAAUUGGCUUGCAAAAGAUUUGAAGAAAAAUUCAAUAGUUGCUUGUGAUCCUCAACUUGUUUCUAUUUUUGAUUGGAAAGAAUGGAAAAAAAUACUUUUACAAUCUAAUAUAGAUCUUAUACCUCUUGAAAUUAAUUUAAUUGAUCUUUUAUGGAAUAAUCAAAGACCAUCAUUAUCUGAUACAUCUAUUUCUAUUUCUAACAAUGAACUUCAAAAUUCUAAAGAAUCAAUUAGUAAAAAACUUCAUCAAAUACGAUUAAAUAUGAAUAAAUCUCAAGUUCAUCAUUUGAUUAUACAUCAAAUGGAUGUUAUUCUUUGGUUAUUCAAUUUAUGUCUUGUUAAUAUUCAAUUUAAUUCAGUUCUUCUUUCAUUUGCUAUUAUUGGAUAUAACUAUGUCAAACUUUUUAUUGAUUUAAAUAAAUUAUCGGAAUCUAUUCAUGAUUAUGUUCAAUAUGAAGAUGUUUUCGUAUAUCCUUAUGAUUCAUUUUAUAAUGAAUUUAAAAAAAUGAUUGAAUCUAUUGAUUAUAAUGAAAAAUUUUGUGUAUCAUCAACAUGUAAUUAUGCUAUACAUAUCUUAAUAUCUCAGAAACAAUUUGUCAUUAAAGAUGAUAUUAUUUGUCGAUCAAAAACAAUAAAAGAUUCAUUUAAAAUUGAAAAUGAUUCUGAUCAUGAUGAAUUAGUUCCAUGGUCUCGGCCUGAUCUUCUUGAAUCACCAAAUAUCACCAAGAGACAAUCGAAUAUUUCUUCAGAUAUAAUAAUUGAUUCAAUUGAUGUUAAAGCAUUUGGAUUAAAUCAAAAAUUGUUUAAUAUAUGGUUUAAAAACAAUAUUCAACAAUUGAAAAUUAAUGAAGAUAAUCAUGAUAACAUUGAAGAUAUUUUAUUUCUCUAUAUUGAUUCAAAUGAAGAUGAUAAUCAUAUUGGUAAAAUUAUUGUACCUGAUUAUAAAGAAAAAAUAACAAAUAUUAUUUUCAACAAAAAAUUAAAUCCACAUGGUUAUGGGUACAAACAAAUAAUAUAUGAUAUUAUUAAAGAUAAUAUGUUUAUUAAACUUCCUUAUCAUCCAUUUGAAACCAAAUUGAACAAGUGGGUUCAACAAGAUUAUCAUACAUAUGGUGGUCAAUGUCGUUCAUUAAAAGUUUUAUUAAUAAAUGAAGAUGCUGAUAAUGCAAGUAAAAAUAAACAUGUACAUUCGUUAUGGAGUGAAGAUAAUGAAAAGAACAAAGAAUUUUAUACAUUCUAUCAUGGUUGUUCAGAACAUGCUGCACAUUCUAUAUGUUUAAAUGGUUUAGGUUUACACUGGAAUCAUCCGAAAGGUACUGAUUUUGGUCCUGGUGUUUAUGUUACAAAAAAUGUACUUGAUGCAUUAGUCACUGCUGAACGACGAACACUAUUCCGAAUAUCAAAUGAACCUGAAAAUCGACCAGCUUGUGUUGUAUUUCAAUGUCCAAAAGAUGAAUUCAAUCGUUUUUUAAUUCUCAAACUUAACAACAAUAAUAUCAAUUUGAAUCAUGAUAGACCUCCAAUUACUACUAUGGAUAUUACAGAAGAUCAAAUAUUUGAAUGGCCUAAUUUCGUACAUCUAUGCCAUCAUCGACGAUAUCCAUUACCACUUGUUGAAGAUUAUGAUAGUAUAGAAGGUUAUAUAUGUAAUAAUAUAUGUCAAGUGCAAGAUAAUACUCAUGCUCCAAAAUGUAAUUUACAUACAUGGCAAUUGUGUGUAAGAAGCGUCGGUUUUGCUAAAAAAUUUACAUCUUGGAUUACGGGUAUUAUUCUUCUUCAAAUACCUGAUUCAUCAUCAACGUCUUCAACAACAACAGUUUCUCAUCAAAAAUAA